CCCAAAGUGCCACUCCCCUCCUCUUACGAUCUUGCAUUCAAUCCUCACAUCUGUGAAUGUUUACAAGCGAAACGACCACGUGAAGCCGCCACUGUUUUUAUUUUUCGCAAAAUGGACGAGGAACAAAGUAGCACCUUGCAAUUCCAUGACAUGGAACUGGAUGAGCGGCUGCUGAAAGCCAUCGCAAAGCUCGGAUGGACUGAGCCCUCUGCCAUUCAAGAAGAAGCCAUUCCUCGCAUGCUGGAAGGUCAAGACGUGCUGAUCAAAGCCCGCACUGGCUCUGGAAAAACUGGUGCCUUUGCGGUUCCAGUCAUUCAGAAAAUUUUAAACGCUAAGCAGAGUGGAGCGACGGAACAGGCUAUUCGGGCUCUCAUCCUUGCCCCUUUCAGAGAGCUGUGCAAGCAAAUUAACGCCAACAUUGCCCAACUAACUUGCAAAUGCUCUAAAGAUGUCAAAUCACUCGAUAUCUCUCAGUUGGAAAGUGGAGACACGCAGCGGCCCUUGAUUUCCAUCGAGCAGCCUGACAUCAUCGUCGCCACACCAGCGAAGGCCCUGCUGCACCUAAAGAAUAAAAGCAUGAAUCUGGACUACAUGGAAAUACUUGUGAUUGACGAAGCUGACCACAUUUACAGCGCAGGCUACGACGAGGACAUGAAGGCAGUGCUCAAAUUUUUGCCUAAGGUACACCAGUCUGCCCUUGCGAGCGCUACACUUUCUGAUGACGUCAACGAACUGAAGAAGCUGGUGGCCCUCAGGAGGCCGGCCAUCUUGAAACUGGAGGAGCCCGAAGUGGCACCCGCAUCCCAGCUCACUCACUACCACAUCGGUGCAGAGGAAGAAGAAAAGGCAGUCAUCCUUUAUGUCCUUCUCAAAUUGCAUUUGGUCCGUGGAAAAACGAUCGUCUUCGUCAACACCGUCGACAGGUGUUACAAACUGAAACUAUACCUGGAGCAGUUCAACAUUCCCACUUGCGUGUUGAACUCUGAACUCCCAGCUGCCUCGCGUUGCCACUCAGUGGCGCAGUUCAACGAGGGCCUGUAUGACAUCAUUAUUGCCUCUGACGAAAAGAAAUUGGAAGAACCAGAAGAGGCCACGACCUCAAAGGGUAAAAAGGGCACCAGGAAAAAGGACAAGGAGUCCGGGGUCUCCCGAGGAAUUGACUUCCAAUUUGUGUCAAAUGUGAUCAACUUUGACUUCCCUAAAGACAUCAAGCCUUAUAUUCACAGAGUCGGCCGUACCGCCAGAGGCAAAAACAAGGGCACUGCUUUGUCAUUUGUCAGCGUGAACGAGCGGCCCUUGAUGGAAAAGGUGGAGAGCUACCUCAGCAGUGGCCUCAACGAACCUGUGAUCAAAGCUUUCCAGUUCAAAAUGGAAGAGGUCGAGGGUUUCAGGUACAGAGCCAGAGACGCCUGGAGAGCGGUGACCAGAAUCGCUGUCAGGGAGGCCAGGCUGAAGGAAAUCAAGCAGGAGAUUUUCAACUGCGAAAAACUUAAAACCUUUUUUGAGGACAACCCCAAGGAUCUGCAGUCCCUCAGGCACGACAAGGCUCUGCAUGUGGUCAAGAAGAUGCCUCACAUGGCUGAUGUCCCCGAGUACCUGGUUCCUCCUACCCUGAAAAGGUUGGCCGGUAUCUCUUCUCGGAGGAGGAAGUGGAGGUCGGAUGUAGCUACGGCAAACAGGCCCAAGGCGGCGGAGCUGAAAUUCCAGGCCAAAAAGAAGAAUCCUCUUUUGAGUAUGGAAUUUGCAGGAUUCGGCAAGAAGAAAGCUAAAAAAUGAUUUGUUCAUAUAUGGACGUUUUGUAAAUAAAGUAAAAAUCUAAAAAUUUAA